UUACUCUGGUUUUGUUGUCCUUCCAUUCAUUCUCCUUUUUUAUGCUUCUCUCCCACCCUUCUCCUCUUGAAAUAUAUUUCUCUUCUCGGUCUUCUUUCUCUUUCCUAUCCCUCUUCAUAAAUUUCUAAAUCUAGGUGAUAAAACCCAAAUUUUCAGGUUCAAUCAAAUCCAGAUUUCUGGCUUUGUGGGUUUGUGGAACGCAGAUUGAACCAGAUAUUUAUGGGAAGGAGUAAUUGUUGGAAAGAAUUCACAGUUGUUCUAAUUGUGCCUGUGCUGAUCUCAGCCAUGGGGGAAACUCAUGCGGCUAGUUGUGCUCCAUUGGUCCUCUGUUCCAGAUCAGGUACAGACCACAAAAUUAUUUAAAUGGGUUCCUAGCAAAAUGGGAAAUGUGUUGGCAAUUAUAAUGGCGGCACAGACUACUCUCCUAGUAACUGGAAUCUGUGGACCAGUUGACAAGCAUUGUUGAAGCAACACAUCUUCACCAAGGGAAGGAAGAUAUAUGGGUCUGGAAGCAUGGCAAGGAAGAUGUUUAUUCAACAAAACCAGGGUAUUCCUUGUUGGUAUCAACAUAAGAUGUGCCAUGUAGUCAUGUCUUUGAAAGAGUUUUGAACCCAUGUGUACCAACUAAAGUGUAUGCAUUCAAUUGGCAGCUGAUUCUUGAUAAACUACCAACCAAAACAAAUUUAUUCAAGAGAGGUAUCAUUAAAGAUGCAAGCGAGCUUAUUUGUUGUCUUUGUGCUGAACAUCUAGAAGACAGCACUCAUCUGUUUCUCACAUCCAAGAUAACCACCCAAAUCUGGUCCAAGUGCUAAAAGUGGUGGGAAAUACAAACUGCUGCUGCUA